AUGGAGCAGCAGCAGGAGGGCGCAGCGCAGCGUGACUCCAACACGCAGCCACUGGGCCGUGUGCGCAGAGGUGCGCUGCAGCAGCCCGGUCGCACGACAAGCAUGGUUCCCACACGAUUGGGCGCCGGUGCGAAUGGCAUCGCAAACGCACAAGCUUCUUCCCCCGGAUCGCAGCGGAUGGUAUUCCGCCCCGUGAUCCCGCAGCGGCGUAGGACGCCGAGCGAUGCGCUGCAGCCGUCAGCGCAAGAUAUAUUCGAGUCGGAUGCUAGCAUGGCGCCCGUUCCUUUACCAGCGGUGCGGCCAAAAUUGCGUGGGCCGAUUGAAAUGACAGCGACGGGGCCAUUUGCACUGGGGCCCACGGAAAAGCCUUUGGCGCGGUCAACGCGUACGCAGAACAUGCCUGCAACUGUGCAUAUGGGUUUGGAUGCUGCGCAUGCACCGCUCGGCACGGCUGAAGACCCGGUCACGAUUGAUAUCCAAGACGUGCAGGGGCUGGACGAUGCGGCACCGCAAACGCUUUUGCGCCCCCCACGCCGACUAAAGCGGGAGGCAGAGCAUAUCAAGCAAGAGACAGCUACGAAGGAUGUAGACAUGCGCGACACCCCGCUCGAUACCCAGGAUGUGAACGCUGCACAGGCACUGGAUCUGAGCGAGAGUGAGGGGGAGGAGGGCGAGGAAGAGCUAGCAAGCCGGUUUGUUUCCUCGAUUCGCACGGGUCAAUCCGAUGGACACCUGUUUCUUUUUCAGUUUCCAAGCACGUUCCCUUCCUUUAGUACGCUUCCGCCCACUGUUGAGACCAAGCCGGAAGUAGAAGAGGCGCCCAACUCGGACGAUGACGUGAUUGAGAUUGCCGAACAUGCGUCGACAGCCGCAGCACAGCCAGCCCCCCAAGCGCCAUCUGCGGAGGGUCAGAUUGGCCGCUUGGACAUGUACCGCGAUGGCCGCGUGGUGCUCCAUCUUGGCGGGAUCCCAUUUGACGUCGUCGGCGGCAGCGACCCGAGCUUUCUACAGCAAAUCAUGCUGCUUGAUGGUCAGCAGCAACGCGCAAUGUGCCUUGGCGAGCUCGACGCAAAGCUGGUGGCAGUGCCCGACAUGCAGUACCUGCUUUCACAGCCUGCUGCACACGCUCCGAUAUAG